GAUGAGAUCCCUCCGCUAAUGUCGGAACUACUUUCUCGCUCUGCGCCUGCGCGGCCUCGAACUAAUGAGUAAAUUAGCGGCAGCUGUGCGCGCGGCCGUGCGCGCUCCCGACAGACUGCGAGGAGAGACACGAUGAUGGAGGUGAAGGUGGAGGACUGUCUGAUCCGUGGAGACUCGUCUGAUCUGGUUUCUGUGCUUCACUAUGAAGGACUGACCAGCACCACACUCACCAGGCUGGACCAGGUGGUUACCAAGGAUCUGCGUGGAUCCAGUUUCAGCAGAGUUCUGGUUGUGUUGAAGUCUUUAGAGAUUCUGUCAGAGAACAGAGACGACCGGCAGACGCUAAUCGACCACGGACUGACUGCUAAAGUGGUGGUGUGGUUCGAAGCCGUCCAUGACCUGCUGACCUCUGACCUCCAGAAGAACUCCGCCCCCCUGCUGAGCCUCGCUGAGGAGUUCUAUGACUACUUCCUGCUGCUGGGUCAAUCUUCUCUCCCAGUCAGUCAGCUGUCUGUGGUUCUUCUUCAGUUGGCUCGGUUCGCUCUGGAAUCAGAAAUCCACUUUCCACUGAGACUGGAGGCCAUCAGAACCUUUAACAGCAUCCUGGAGUCUCUGAGCAGAGAGCAGAGGAGACUGAUCCAGAAUGACCAAAACCAGACCCAAAUACUAUCCCAGGUGGCGGCAGCAGUUCUGACAGUUGGAGACUACGAGCUGCAGGUCAGCCUAUCAGAGGCUCUGUGUCGUCUGACUCCCAGGAAGGACCGAGAGCAGAGAGCCAAUCAGUGGUUCUCCAGCCGUGACAUCAGCAGCGCCUUCUGUGACAUCAGAGACGGAGACUUUGAGGUGGACUGUCGCCGUUUUCUGAACUUUGUCAACUGUUACCAUGGAGACCUGAGGAGGGUCUACACCUUCCCCUGUCGCAGAGCUUUUCUCGACUCCACUGAGCUGUUUCGUCCAAAAGACGACAAACUGGAUGCGUUCUGGAUAGACUUCAACCUCAGCUCUGGGUGUGUGAGCUUCUUCAUUGAUGAGCCUCAGGGUUUUCUGUGGGGGUCCAUCCACCUGCUGAAGGAGGAAGUGGAUCAGUACAGUCUGCAGGUGAACCUUGACGGAUGCACUGGGGCAGAGACGAUCCUCAGGGUCCGGCUCAACAAUCCCAUCAUGCACCACAACUGCCGAGGCCAAACAGUGGAGCUGAACUUUGACUCUGAACACCACCGAGAGCUGGAGGAGGCUGCUGGGAGAGUCUUCAUGAAAGUCAAGAGUUCCCCCCGUCUCAAAGACACAGGUGGUACAGUCCAGGUGUCCCCUUCUGCAACCAAACAGACUGGUCGCUCCUACAGCAGGAAGAAACCACAGAGCAAGAGUCAGCUGAAGAUUUUGCCUCUGUCGUCUCCGAGCAGUGAAGAAGACUCCUCUGUGAUGAAGACUCGAGGCAGAAACGCAGCAGAGCUUCUGUUUGAUCAGAUCAGACACUCGACUCCUACGUACGACUCAGGUGUUCCUGUGGGGGCGGAGCUAAAGAUCUCACAGGAACAGACAGAGGAGUUUGGAGGAAGCAGCUCUCCUUUAAAAAACGAAGUCUUCAGUUUUGACAGGAAGAGAACUGCUCCAGAUUCAGGCUACCUGUCAGACCAAACUGAGGGCCAGUCGUCCCACAAGAGGAGGGCGGAGCAACAGCAAGAGGGGGAGGAGUCUAACUCACUACUGACAGAGGGGUCACCUGAGGGGGCGAAUCCACCGGAGGAGGAGGAAGAGGAGGAGGAAGGGCUAUUUGGUGAAGUAGUGGAAUCACAUGUCGAGAAGGAGGGGCCUGUGAUGGAGUCAGGCAUUACAUCUGCCUUCAACACCUUCAAAAAACAACUAGAACAACACUUCAAUGGCUGCCAGCAGAACGUUGAAACUGAAGUUCUCCUGUCUUUAAAAGAGUGUCAACAACACGUCUCUUCACUGCUGACAGCUGUCCAUCAACAAAGGUGUGUGUUGCUGCAGAGGUUUGAGAACAGCGUCACUGAUCAGCUGAACCGACUGCAGGAAAACUCAACCAGCCUGAACUCCAUAAACACACAGAUCCUGAGUUUUUUCCAGUCUGAGAUGCAGCGACUGGGCUCCUUCUGUGAUGAACACCUGCAGAGUUUGAAGACUUUGGAAAGUGGAGAGUUGGGGACGGAGCAUUCGUCCAGCCAAUGAAGGAGGAGAAGAGAAGAGCUCGUCCAAUCAGGAAGAGACUUACAAAUGUUUGUUUUGUAAUGUUUAUGUUACUUUUCAGAUCAGAUUUGUGAUCCAGUUUCACCGUCUGAGUCCUCGUCUCAGAACAGAAAAUACUGAUCACAUUCAGAACAGGAACGAGUGGCCAGCUGUCAACACGAACGUGUAUUUGUUAGUCAGGAUCACGUCCGUUCACCAGACGUGGUUCAGAUUUUAGUGAUUUUUGUGUUUUUGUUUCCACUUGAGUUAAAGGAUCAGUUUCUUCUCUGAAGGCAGAAAAAACAAAUAAAAACAAAGUCAAUGAAUCCAGUUUUCUUUGAGUAGAAAACCUGUUUGACCAUACUGUUGACUGCAGCGUCAGCCUGUUACCAUGGUAACAGCUGACAGCGUGCAGUGACUUUAAAGGGCCACAGGGCGGAGACAAACCACCACCAACAGACUCAAACAGUUCGAUGCAGCGACGUCUCCACAGUGUCGUUCAGUAGAGAAAAUACAUCAACAUGAAAAAAUAGGAACGUUUAGGGCGAAAACAGUGAAAAUAUGUAAAAUUCAGUUUGAAAUAUAAUGAAAGUAACAAAAUGUGAAUAUGCAGAUUGUAAAGUGUAAAGAUAAACUUUAUUGAUCCCACACAGGGAACAGAUGCAGAGUAAAACUACAUACAUACAUUAUGUGUAGAUACAAAAUAAGGCAUUAGAAUUAAAAUGAUUAAAUACCAUACACCAACAUAAAUAGUAUACUAUACUAUAAAUUAGGAUGAGAGAAAAGUUAUGUCCAGUUGAUGGAAGCAAAUAAGACAGAAUUUAAGAGUCAGAGAGGAAGAAAUUAGGCUGCUACCUGCACGGAGACAUUACUGAAUAAUAAUAUAACAAUAAUCUUCACUAUGUACUGACAAAGUGUGCUGAGACGUUUGUACAAGCAUUUCAUAUAUUAUACCUUCAGUAAUAUUUUACCGUAAUGCAUAUGUUAUUAUUAUUAUUAUUCUAUGCUUGUACAGAUGUGCAACAGUGAUGGACAUCAUAGUGUUUUAUCCUGCAGGUCCAGGAUCUGUGUUUAUGAGACACAGUUCUGAUCCUUUUUAGUCUGAGGAGUGAAAUCACUUACUCAGCUGUUAAUGUGAAGCGCUGAUAUUUAUUAGCAGGCAUUAUUAGGAGCUGCAGGAGAUGGAGGUCAGACCGAGACGUGAACACGUUCAACAGGAAAAGAGAGGAAAUCUUUGUCUGGAAGCAGAUUUCACAAACACAAGGUCCUCACAACUGUUUAUAUACAACUAGGCCACUUUCUAUCACUAUAAUGAGGAAGUGCUGUUAAUAACAAUAAUGUUCAGCUUUGAUUGACACUGUAGAGGUAUUCAUUUAACUAUAUGUUUAUUAUUGAGGUUGUAGUUUGCAGUGAUGUGGAACUGGACUAAACUAUAUUAAGAGUUGAAUUAACAAAUUUUAACAAACGUUUCACUAUGUUUCAUAAAGGUACAAGAUGUAGCUAUUAGCUUAUAUAGGUGUACCUAAUAAAGUGCGUGUCUGUAUAUACAUAGGUACACCUUUGUAAGCUAAUGAGAUCUAUCUAUCUAUCUAUCUAUCCAUCCAUCCAUCCAGAUUUAAUCAAAUCUAUUCAGCUUUUCUCAGUUUUUUUUUCAGUCUCCAAUAAAUAAUAAAUACAUCUCCAAUAAUUGUUGCAACAGAUGUCCUGUAUGUUAUUAAAAUGCAGUAUAUCUGGAGUUUUCUGGAAGACAUGUCAGCAUAUCGGUCAGUUUGCCUACUCCAUGCCGAAGACUACCCGCCGGUCACCAUGCCGACCAUAAACCAGCUGCCAGUCAGACUUUAGCUGAACCUCAAACUCAUUCACAUCCCAAAAUAAAUAAAAUCAGACAUCAGUCAACAGUCAAAAUCUCUUCAGUUAAACGGGGAGAAUACAAGACAUCCUUCCUGCAUCGAUCGGUCAGAUAUUUAGAUUACAUAUACAUUUAUACACAUUUAUUCACUUUCAUACUUUGAACACAUUAACAAUAAAUAUAUAAAUAUAAAUACAUCAAACUGUGAGAAGUUGAGGAGCUGACGUAAGAAUUUAAACAGGUUGUGAUUUGAUUUCUGUCCAGCAGUAAAAUAUUCAGAUCUUUUGCUUCAGUGUCUCCUGACCUCCGACCUCCUGUCUGCUGGUCCAGAGCCAGUUCUGGUCUAACAGAGUCCAGACUGAAACCACGAGAAACCACGAGAGGAGUUUGUGUUUGUGAAUCCCGCUGCUGGUUGUCAGGCAGCAAACUGACACGAGAGGAAAAACAGCAGAAUCCCCAAAGAGACACAGAGACGACUAAUGAGACGCUAUUAGAGACCGGGGAGGGGGGAGGGGGGACAGGUAGAGAGAGACAGAGAGAGAGAGAGCAGCUCAGGUGUUUCUCUUCUCACUCUAACAAAAGAGAAAACAUCAGCAAACCACCAGGAGUACUGGUUCUGUCCCUCUGAACUGGACCUGAACUGGAUUUGAACUGGACUGCUGGAGGACAGACGAGGAUGCUGAUUGGUUAAGGAGCUGGUUUUUUUCAUUUUGGACUUUAAUGGGCGGACAGAAAGACGAUCUGAUCUGGACCUGCUGAGACACGACAGCUCAGUGAUCACCGACAGCUUCAGGUUCAGGUGUGAGCAGUGAUGUCAUGACAGUUGAGAUGGGCUGUCUCGGAGGGAAGACGGAGGAAGAACGACUGGAU